AGCAUUUCCAAAAUCCAAAAAUCAGAAUUUCACACUCAAAUAUCUUCGAUUCUAAAUUCUAUAAAUACGAUCAUUGCGAAAUUCUAUAAUGCCGAGAACCCAAAAUCUUUUCAUCUCGAUUCUGCUACUGUCGUUCUUGUUCGUCGCUGCGAUGGCCGAUUCCCAAUCCACGUCCGAUGCGAAGGUCUACAUCGUUUACACUCACAAACCCGAAGAGGGCGUAGAACACGAGGAUUUUCAUCUCAAAACCCUCGCUUCUGUUGUUGGCAGUGAGGAUGCUGCCAAGGAGGCGAUACUGUACACCUACAAGCACGCGGCGAGUGGAUUCUCUGCCAAGUUGACUCCUGCGCAGGUCGAUGAGCUUUCCAAAAAACCUGGUGUGCUGCAAGUUGUCCGAAGUCAAACGGUGCAGUUACAUUCACGACCUGGACUUGCAUGAGACAAGAAUCACAACCCAUAUAUCGUACUAAGGAUAUCUGCUGCUUAUGUUUGUAUAGACUCCUGGCCCAUCGUUUCUCUUCAAUGUAUGAAAUGUUAAAGAUAAUGUCAUGACUUUUCGUUUGUACUAUGUAUUGACUACAACAUCAAUAGUAUUACGCAUGUACGGAGUAUAAAUAAGAAGGGAAUGGAUGGGAUUAUCCAUUAGGAGAGUGUGCUAAUAAAUGAAUUAUAUAUAUAGAGUUUUAUCAAUGUUA